CCAGGAAAAACGGUGCAGAGAACCCGGAACUGCCUGCACCACCCAGAUGGGGAGUGAGAAGCCAGGGUCCCCCUGAUUGGGCUAGGCUGGACCCCUGAGCCCUGCCGCAGGCUAGCAGUCAGCCAGAGGCGGUGUGAGUGAGAGGAGGAAGCGCUUGGCCCAGCGGGACUCUGGAGCCCGGGCCAGGGCCCCAGGAAGCCUGCUGGGCUCCCAGCAGGGCAUCCUGCAUGCCUAAUUGGCUAUUUAAGGAGCUCUUCACCGAGCCCCGGCAGCACCCCUUACUCCCCCUUCCCUCCUCCCUACCCCCCUCCCCGCCCCACGCAUGCCCGCCCCGAGCCACCUUAAAAGCAGGAGGCACCCGUGAGGACAGACCGGAGACAGACCCGGAGGGAGAGGCUGGAGACGCCGGUCCCAGGCCCCGCGACUCAGUGCCAAGUCUGCGGACGCUGCAGAGACAAAGAGCGCGAGAAAAAGCAAUAAAAACACUUGAGUCCGGGCAGACCCCUCCAGCUCGCCACCGCCACCAUCAGUCCUGGUCCCCUGGCCCCAGACCCCCUGUGCCUUGGCCGCCCUCCCAGGACACUAUGCUGGUCCUCACCCUCCUUCUGGAGGGGAUCCGGAUCCUGGCUGCGGACAGGGGGCAGCACUGGACAUAUGAGGGCCCACAUGGUCAAGCCCACUGGCCAGAGUCCUUCCCCGAGUGUGGGGGCGGCGCCCAGUCACCCAUCGACAUCCGGAUGGACUCGGUGACCUUCGAACCGGACCUGCCCAUGGUGCAGCCUCGCGGGUAUGAGCAGCCUGGAGCAGGAACAGGGCCGUGGCAGCUGCGCAAUAACGGGCACACGGUCCAGCUCUCACUGCCCCCCACCCUGUAUCUGGAGGGAUUUCCACAGAAGUACGCCGCUGCGCAGCUCCACCUGCACUGGGGCCAGAGAGGACGCCCGUGGGGCUCAGAGCACCAUGUGAACAGUGAGGGCACAGCUGCAGAGCUGCACAUUGUCCACUAUGACGCCGACUCCUACAGCAGCCUGGGCGAGGCCGCACACAGGCCACAGGGCCUGGCCGUCCUGGGUAUCCUGAUGGAGGUGGGCGAUGCUCCAAACCCCGCUUAUGAGCACAUUCUGAGCCACCUGCCUGAAGUCCAGUAUAAAGACCAGACAACCUCGGUGCACCCCUUCAACGUGCGGGAGCUGCUCCCCUCACAGCUGUGGCAGUUCUUCCGCUACAACGGCUCGCUUACCACACCGCCCUGCUCCCAGACCGUGCUCUGGACGGUCUUCAAGCACAGAGCCCGCAUCUCCCAGGCACAGUUGGAGAAGCUUCAAGAAACCUUGUUUGCCACCAAAACGGAGCCCUUUGAGCCCCUGGUGCAGAACUACCGCAUCCCCCAGCCUCUCAACCAGAGAACUGUGUUUGCAUCUUUCAUCCAAGCGGACCCUGUAUACAGUCCAGGCGAAAUGCUGAGUCUAGUUGUGGGGAUCUUAGUGGGCUGUCUCUGCCUGCUCCUGGUGGCCUAUUUCAUCGCUAGGAAGAUUCGGAAGAAGAGACGGGGAAAUGGAAAGAACGUGAUGCUCUCCUCAGCAGGAAGCACGGAGCCUGAGUCUCCCUCUCAGACACUAAUGACCCCUGCCCCUCACCCAUCAUCAAGCGUGUGACAUGGUGCUGGUCUGGUACUGGUCAGGCAGACGGGAUGCCUCUUUCUUAAGACAGCCCCUGGGAAGACAGCUCUUGUAAAGGAAGCCCAGGAUGCACCCUGAGCCAUCCAGCAGAGGGCAAACUUUCAAUGCAGGACUUGGCAAUGUGCCCCCAAGUCCCCUCCCCCUAGAUGGGUGGGUGGAGUGUAAGGCCAUUCCUGGGAUGAUGGGGGCUGCUGGGGUCUACGUAUAUGUUUGCUCGAUAUAAUUGGAAAUUAAAGUUUUGUACCCCACCUCCAGCCUU